UAUUACUCAUCCCGUGAAUAGAAUGGCCUCGGAAAGGCGUCAACCGGCGUCAGUUGCUGAAAAGAGUGCCGAUCGAACGGACCUGCAAGCUGCUGCUGCUGUUAUUCCUUACAACCAACCAACGGUCUAUCGCAAUAUGGCCACAAUCGUCGUAGCUCCUGCCGUCGGACCAGAACAGACGCAGCUCAUCUGCCCAAACUGCCAGGCAUUGGUGCGCACGACGGUUGAGCAUCGUGCGAACACGCGAACGCACAUCUACGCGCUGCUGUUGUGUUUAUUUUUCUGCUGGCCUUGUAUUUGCCUGCCGUACUGCUGCAACUCUUGCCGCGAUACGAUUCACAAGUGUCCUCGGUGCAAAGCGUUCAUCGGAAGUUACCAACGAUAAGCAGCGGUCUCAGGCAGCAAACGGAUCAUCAUCUCAUAGCAUUGACCAAACCUGGUACAACUACAUGUACCGAUCGGAAGAAUUUGGUAGCUUGAUCGCUAAGCUACUCUCUGGACGCGAAUCUCGAACAAAGAAUCAUCUUUCCUAUUCUAACGACCACAAGCAACCACUACUACUCUGUACCGAAAAACAUCUGUACAGAAAAUUUGCAAUGAUGAAUAGGAAUAAUAAUAAAAAUUAACGAUACAAAAAUUAGCGAUAACAUGUUGUCAUAAUUGACCGUGGAGUCUUUCUGGCGAACAAUGCGUCCACACUAAAUCUAACAA